AUGGUGCAUAUCCUGAAAUCGGUAGAUUUUUCUGACAGUAGAAAUGACAGUGAAGCCUACAAUACCACAAAAUCAGAGCCAGUAACCACCUCAAAGCCUAGUUUAAAAAGGAGCACAGAGAACACUGUUCUUAAAGAGUGUAGCUCUGACUUGUCAGGUUCUCCAUCUCAUAAAAAGAACAAUAUUCCAUCUCCAUUUCAGACUGUUGAAACAUUUGGCUCUCUCUUAGGAGAAGAAAUUGUGUCCACAUAUACUAGCAUAGUGAAAAAAGACUCUCCAUCUACACUCAAUCCAUCUCAGGAUAUAUUCCCUGACACAGAACAGUCCAUGAAUGACACCAAAUCCAGCCCUUCAAGAGAUAGCUUCAAAUCUAAUGUUUUCCCCUUUAAUCACGUAACUUUAGACAAAUUCCAAGAAUGCCUGACUCAAUGUAUGGAAAAGUAUGUUGAUGAAACAUUGAACACGUUAAACAUUUCUCGAUGCGUACGAGAAUUGUUGAGCAUGAACAACAUAGGGCAGCGGGUUUUUGCUAAAUUUGUGCUCGGACUUUCUCAAGGCACGGUCAGUGAACUGCUUUCAAAGCCAAAGCCUUGGGAAAAACUAACAGAAAAAGGAAGAGACUCCUACAGAAAAAUGCAUGCCUGGGCUUCAGAUGAUAAGUGUAUCUAUAUGCUGAGAGCCUUGGAAGAUGACUCCAUGGUCCACCACCCCAGUGGCUUAGAACUGAAAAAUGAUAAAGACUCUCAAACUGCACUAGAAGAAAAGUGGGAAAAA